AUGAUCAUAACCUACCCUCUCUUUCUUUUUCUAUAUUUUCUUACACAUUCCCUCUUACUCCUUACUCUCCUUUCUCACUCACUCUCCCAUCCUCUCAGCCUUCUAUAUCUGUUACUACAUUCACUCUCUCUUCUCACCUUUACCCAUCUCUCUCAUUCUUCCUCAUUCACGUUGUUUUUCUCUUUCGUUUUUUUUUCUUUCUAUAUUUCAUCUUUCUCGUUCUCUUUGUCUACUUUUCCUUCUCUUCUUCUUCUUCUUUUCUGUCUCUUUCUCUCUCAUCCUUAUAGAUUCUCUUCAACUCUCCCUCACUCUUUCUUCUUACUCAUUCUCUCUCUCAGCUCUUUCAUGACCUCUUUCGUCUUUUGCCUUCUCUCGUUCUCUAUUCUCCCCUCCUCCCUCUCUCUCACUUUCAGCUUUCUUUCUUUCUCUCUCUCUCUCACACACACACACACCCUCACUAAUCUUUCUAUGUUCUCUUCUCUUGUUUUUUACCUCUUUCACAUUCUCACUCUUUCUUUCCUACUAUCUCUCUCUCACAUUCUCUUCCCCACUCUCUCUGUUCCUUUGUUCUUCUGCAUUGACUCCUUUUCUUCUUACGCUUUCUAUAUUUCUUUCAGCUCUCUCUUACACAUCCCCUCUCGCAUGUUUCUUAUUCUUUCUCUUGCAUAUUUCCUCUUCCGUAUCUUUUCCCACGUUCUCAUUCUCUUUAUUUUUGACUCUCUCUCUUUCUCUAAAAGAAAUGUUCUUUUCCACUACCCUUUCACUUCCAUCUUACUCUCUCUCUCUCUCUCUCUCUCUCUUUCUCGGCCUCUCUCUGUCACUCACUCGUUCAUCUUCCUAUGCUUUCUUCUUCAUUCUCUUUACUUUUCUGCUUACUCUUUCUUUCCGUCUUUCUCUCUCACACACACACACGCGCGCGCGCAGUCUCUCGUUAUUGACCUCUUCCACAUUCUUACUCUUUCUUUCAUACUGUCUCUCUCUCUCUCUCUCUCUCUUAUAAAUUCUCUCUUUCUAUUUCAGUUCUCUCGUUCUUCCACAUUCUUACUCUUUUUCUGUCUCUCUCUCUCUCUCUUUAUAAAUUCUCUCUUUCUAUUUCAGUUCUCUCGUUCUAAAACAUUCUUACUCUUUGAAAAAUUCUUUCUUUCUCUCUCUCUCUCUCUCUCUCUCUCUUAUAAAUUCUCUCUUUCUAUUUCAGUUCUCUCGUUCUUCCACAUUCUUACUCUUUCUUUCAUACUGUCUCUCUCUCUCUCUCUCUCUCUCUCUCUCUCUCUUAUAAAUUCUCUCUUUCUAUUUCAGUUCUCUCGUUCUUCCACAUUCUUACUCUUUCUUUCAUACUGUCUCUCUCUCUCUCUCUCUCUCUCUUAUAAAUUCUCUCUUUCUAUUUUCAGUUCUCUCGUUCUUGCAAACAUUCUUUCUCUUUCUUUCAUUCUGUCUCUCUCUCUCUCUCUCUCUCUCUCUUAUAAAUUCUCUCUUUCUAUUUCAGUUCUCUCGUUCUUCCACAUUCUUACUCUUUCUUUCAUACUUUCUCUCGUUCUUCCAUAUUCUUAUUCUUUCCUCUUACUCUUUCUAUAUUUCUUUCAGCUCUCUCUCUUAAACAUCCUCUCUCGUAUAUUUCUUACACUUUCUCUUGCAGCUCUCUCUCUCUUUUUGUUCUUAUUCAAAAUGCCCACUCUCUUUCUUUCUCUCUCUAAACUUUUCUUCUUUAAAAAUGAAAAAAGGAAAAAAAAUUUUUCCUACAUUCCCUUUCUUUUUCCCUUUCUCUUACUCCUUUUCGUUCUCCCUCUAUUUCCUUUUCCUUUCUCCUUUCUCUUACGCUUUUUGUCCUCUCCCUCUCUUUCCCUCUCUUUCUCUUUCACUUUUUCCUUCUCUCUUUUGUCUUCCGCUUUUGUGUGA